AUGGCGCAAUGGUGGCGCUCCGCCGCCGGUCAUCUCCGAUCAGCGGAAGCAAAACGCACACCCUCCUUAUCGUCAUUCCGUUGUAGUCACUACCACACAAUCCAAGCAAUCCCGAGAGAAAGCACUGGCAGUAAAGUCGCAGCGAGAGACAGAAUGCAAGGUCGAAUACCGGCCGUCGUUUUCUUCCAGAACCUUCUUGACAAAACCCCCGACUCACGAUCUACGUCAAGGAAACAUCUACUAACCGUCGAGAAGAAGCAGAUUAAGGCAGUGCUCAAUUCCAUUGAAGACCCGUUCUUCUGUUCCACCCGGUUUCCGCUCCAGAUUCGUGCCGGAUCCGGAUCCACUCAUUUACUCGAAAGCGGAACUGUAUUACCGAUCAAGAUUCAUAAGGAUAAAGAGAGUGGGAAUAUUUUGAACUUGGUGUUUGUUUGGGCUGAAGAUGGCACGAAUUUGAAGGUUGAUGUUCCUGUUGUUUUCAAAGGUGAAGAUGCUUGCCCCGGUCUUCAGAAAGGUGGUAUUUUGAAUAAGAUCAGACCUAGUCUUACAUAUCUUUGUCCUUCUGAGCACAUUCCUUCAAAAAUUGAGGUGGAUAUCAGCAAUUUAGAUAUUGAAGAUAGAAUAUUCAUGCGAGAUAUUGAAGUUCAUCCAUCUUUGAAGCUUCUGAGUAAGAAUGAAAACAUGCCCAUAUGUAAAAUAGUUUCAACAAGUGUGGGAAACCAAGAACCAUUUGUUGAAAGUGCAUCUGAUGAAAGAAAUGCAGAGACUUCCAAAUAA